AUGUACGCCAAGACUGCCCUUUUCCUAGCCGCUGCCGCUCUAGCUAACGCUCAAACCGCUUCUCAAUUAGCUGAACUAAACGUUAUCUUAGAUGAUGUUAAGAACAACUUGAGUGACUACAUGGGUUUGGUUACCGCUGGUACCAUCUCUCUAGCUGAUCUACCAGCUGGUGUUCUAGACAUCGGUAUGGCUCUAGCUUCCGCCACUGACGACUCUUACACUACUCUAUACUCUGAAGUCGACUUCGAUGCUAUUGCUCCAUUCUUAACUGCUCUACCAUGGUACUCUUCCAGACUAGAAGCUGAACUAGCCACCAUCACCGGUGUUGCUUCUUCUUCCGCUGCUGCCACUUCUUCCGCUGCUGCCACCUCUUCCUCUGCCGCUGCUUCUUCUUCUGCUGCUGCUUCCUCUUCUGCCGCUGCUUCCUCUUCUGCCGCUGCUUCUUCCUCUGCCGCUGCUUCCUCUUCCGCCGCUGCUUCUUCUUCUGCUGCUGCCACCACCUCUUCUGCUAAGGCUUCCACCACUGCUGCUUCCACCACCAAGGGUUCCGCUGCUGCCAUCUCUCAAAUCACUGACGGUCAAAUCCAAGCUACUGCUUCCGUUACUGCUCAAACCGCUAACGGUGCUGCCAAGGCUGUUGCUGGUCUAGGUGCCGGUGCUCUAGCCGCUGCUGCUCUAUUGUUAUAA